AAAAAUUCGCAAAAAUCGAUCGCAGAAUGCCAUUUUUGAAUGUGCAACGAGUGCAUUGCAAAACACAUUAUAAUGAAAGUAGAGAAAAAACUACCAAUGAGAUUUCGAUCGCGAGCGUUCGCUAUCUUCCGACGUCGUUCGUUGCAGAUUAGUCAUCUAGAUAGUAAACAAAAGGAGAGAGGAAGCUUACUCGAUGUGCUGUCAAGAAUCGUCACAGCACGACGCAAGUCGGAUAGUUUUGUUUACUGUAAAAUACAAUCAACGAUGACGCCAGAAAAGGAUGAGGCCUGUGAUUUGAGUGAUGUUAUCUUGCAGGAAAAUUCGGAUGUCGAAACGCAGUGCACACAUAAAUUAAGCAAGAAACCAAAAAGAGUGCUGCAGUUUUCGGAUGGUAUAAUGGAGGAAUAUUCGUCGGAAGAUGAAGUAGACAUGCCCAAAAAUUGUAAAACUGUGACACAGAUAGAUACUAAAAAUAUGGAUUGGUUACCAUGGGCAUGGCAUCAAACCACAUGGAUUAGUUCAAAAAUGUUAGAUGGUUGUGAUUAUGUUGGCGAAUGUUUAGCCAACUUUUUUGGCAUAACAGCACCCAAAUAUCAGUUUGAGAUAAAUGAAUUUUAUAGAUUACAAGCACUUGAAAGAGAAACAUUUAAUAAACAGGACUUAGAGAUGAAUGGAUGGAACGAAAAAAAGAGAGAUAAUCUCAUAAAUGACAGUAUUACAUUCUCAAAUGAACAUAAUUAAUAGUGUUUUGUAUAGAUUUCAAAAUAAAUAAAUUUAUCAAU